AUGAGCUUCAAAGCCCUCCUCACGCCAUCGAGGCCAACGUCAAAGGACUUGUUUACCAGCGAAUACUUUGACUGUAACGAUGCCUUUGGACACGGUCCCUUCCAGAGGCGGCUGAUGAUGCUAUGUGCGCUCGGUGCUUUCUUGGCGAACAUCCACGCCUUGGCUUUCCCGCUGAUCUCAAAAAGCGUGCAAUACAGGUGCAAGCAGCCGCACACCAACGAUUCGAAAGCCGUCGUGAAGAAUGGGACCACUAGUGACGUUAGCGGACAGAUUGGACGGUGCCUUGUCUACGAGGACCCGGCCGACCCUAACGACACGCACACCGUGCCGUGUGUAGAGUGGGAGUACGACGAAGAGUGGGCGAAGAGUACGGCCGUGAGUAAGUGGAACAUGGUAUGCCAAAGAAAGCCACUCAUCGUCGUCAUGUAUGCGAUUCAAAACGCCGGUCCCGCCGUGUUCGUCUUGACAGCCGGCCAUUUCGCGGACAACUUCGGCCGGGUGCCUGUGCUCUUCACAGCGGUUGCGGUGCUCUGGGUCUCGACGGUCGGGGUUUGCAUGUUUGGCGACUACGCAACGCACGCGGUAUUCAAGUUCUUCAGCUCGGGUAGCUCCAUACUGACCCUGACUUCCUCCGCCAUCUCUCUCUUCGAGGUCACGACCCACGACAACAGGCCGCUCAGCAUAGCUGUGAGCAUCACCAUCGGUCUGUUGGCCGCCGACUCGUGGUACUUCCUCUUGGUACCUUGGAACCUGCGGUGGGAACGAAAGCUGAGCGUUUUCCUUCUGCCAGCCUUGGUUCUGCUGCCAGCCUUCCUGACGGUCGACGAGUCGCCUCGCUGGCUCAUCGCUACCGGGAUGUUCGACCGAGCAGAGAACGUCGUAAUCGCUGCCGCCGACAAGAACCACUUUCCGCUGGCCAACGCGGCGUGCCUCGUCGAUUCGCUCAGGGUGGACGUGACCAGGAGGCUGAACCGGCGAAAGUCCACUUGCGCCGAAGAACUGCUCAGCCUGUUCUCCAUACGGCGUCGCGCCCUGGUCUUGUGCGGCUGCUUCUUUUCCAACUCGUUUGCCCUGUACGCCAUCACGUUCUCCAAGGGUCAGCUCUACACGCCGUGGCUGCCGUUCAUCGCGUUCGCCUUCAACUCCUCGGUCUACGGGCUGGCGCACGUGCUCAUGAGAAGGUUCGCCAUGCUCACGGUGAUCACGAUACUGUUUGCCGCGCUGUGUAGCGUACAGUGCUUCCUCUGUCUGACCGUGUUCGGCGAGCACGACGUCCUCACGGAAGCCCUUUUGCAGGCGGACAUAGCGCUGUACUAUUCUGGCGCCGUCGUGUGCUUCGUCUACGUCCUUGAACUGUUCCCGACGGCGCUGCGCGCAACGGCCAUAGGUUGGACUGUCGCUUGCGGUCGCCUAGGAGUGGGGUGUGCCCUGUUCCUUUCGUUGCUCAUGAACAGCGGACACGAGUACGUGGCGCCGGCUAUCGCCGGCCUCCUGCUUUUUCUGUCGCUGCUGACGCUGCGAAUAUUACCGCCCGCCACGACGGUCGAGUGCACGAAGAUCGCGUCCCGAGAAACAACGUUUAGGGACACCCAGAACAUCGAGCUCAUGAAGGCCACGCUCGAAACGCGGCUAAGCGAGCGCAAGAAGGUGAAGCGAGCGCAAGAUGGUUCCGAGACCGGCAGCAAGUCGAGCUCAACCCGCAGCCGCCGUUUAAAGGAAAAGAAAUGA